AUGCGGUCGAUGGAGGAAACGCAGCUGCGAUGGGAGGCGACGCGCAAACACUGCACCACCGUCGCUCAUCUACAGCGCGCCGUCACGAACAACGGCCCAUCGAGUCCGUGUCUGUCCGGAUGUCGCUCCGUGUGCUGGAAGACGUUUCUCCUCUUUCAAGAGACUGGCCUCGACAGCUGGAUACAGACGCUGCGACACACCCGAGAGACGUAUGCAGAGCGGCGACAGCACUUUUUGAAGUUCAUUCGCCAUCCCGAGGCCCUUGCGGAGAUUAGCUCAGACCCUCUCAACGACGACCCUGAAUCGCCGUGGAACACGCUCAGGCAGGAUGAACUGAUGCGCGCCGAGAUUGAGCAAGACGUCAAACGUCUUCCAGACGAGGCCAACUAUCAUCAAGAUUCCAUACAGCUGCUGAUACUCGAUGUCCUCUUCAUCUACUGCAAGCUGAACCCGGCCCGCGGCGGCUACCGUCAAGGCAUGCAUGAGCUCUUGGCACCUAUCGUUCAUGUUCUAGAGCAAGAUGCUGUGAGUCGCGAAUCGCUCGUCGAAAACGGCCUGCUCGAUGUUAUCAUGCUGGAAACGCUCGACGCCGCCUACAUUGAGCACGAUGCCUACGCCAUAUUCUCCAAGCUCAUGGAGCGCGCACAGUUCUUUUACGAAGUCAAAGAAGUCGUGUCGGGCAUGCAGUCGUUUCAAGAGGUCAGCUCGGCAAUUGUCGAGAGAAGCAAACACGUUCACCAAGUCUUGCUUCACAGGAUUGAUCCCGAUCUGGCGGCACAUCUCACUAACAUUGAGAUCCUGCCACAAAUCUUCCUCAUCCGUUGGAUACGCCUGCUAUUUAGCAGAGAAUUCCCCUUCAACCAGUUCCUCAUCCUGUGGGAUACUAUUUUUGCCGUCGACCCCUCGCUGGAUCUCAUCGACUUUGUCAGCUGCGCCAUGCUCCUUCGGAUUCGUUGGCAGCUCCUGGAAGCCGACUACUCUGUCUGCCUUCAGCUACUCCUCAAGUAUCCCGCCCCGGACCCCCAGCACGGUCCGCACACCUUUGUCGACGACGCCAUUUAUCUGCGCAGCCACCCUGACUUCCCCGGGGGCGCUCACAUCAUCGCCAAGUACACAGACCGAACGCCUGCCACACCCGGCGCCUCCGCCACCAGUCCCACCACCACAGCCGCCGCGCGCCGCGGUCUCGAAAGCAUCCGGCAACGCGCGCUGCGCAGUGGGGGCCCGCAGGGUGUCGAGCAGUUUAUUCAAGGCGCGGCUAAGAGCGCGCGCGCCGCUUUGGAACGAGGCGAGAAGCUCGGCAUCAACCAGGCAGUGCGUGAGGCCAUGGGUGAGCUCCGCCGCAACAUGCAGAACCUAAACGACGCCAGGGUGGCGCUACCGCGGCCGUCCUCGCAGGGAGGCGGUGAUGCGGCAACGGCGGCGCUGGACAAGCGUAACAAGCAGCUGGCGAAUUUCUUGAACGAGACGGUGGCGGAUCUCAAGGCGCUUUCGGCGUCGAGUCUCGAGGACAAGGCCAAGAGCCGGCAGAUGCUCGAGGUGGCGGCCGCCAAGGUGCAGUUUGUGCAGAUUUACCUGGAAGACUCCACUAUGGACGUGCCGCUGUUUCAAGGAGACGCGUCACGCAAGCCUCAAGAGGUAGUCAGGGAGGGCGGAACCACAGAGUCUGCCAAGGCCGGAAAGGAGCAGGAUAAUGUGGCGGACCAGAACACAAGAACACCGUCGCAAGCACAAGCAAAGAGCUCAAAACGGACGGAAGCAGAUGCGCCAUCAGCUGCUCCGGAGAAGCUAGCCCCAGCAAACCAGAGUAAGCCUGUAAAGCCGACGCAAUCAGCUAAGCUUCCCCUACCUGGAACAGCCAAAUCACCAGCCGCAGAGUCACGGCUCGAAACAGGUCAAGUAGCCGCCAAGACGACGUCCCAGACAGCCCAGCAUCCAACAGAGGGCACACCAUCACCGCCAACAGAAGCCCCUAAUCAACUCACACCGCCAAAAGAGCCCUCCCCCGCUAGACCGCAGCUCCCCGCCGUGCCCACGCGCUCCACGAUUGCGCAGUCAUCCUUUUCCUGGAUGCUCGAGCCCGGCGAGUCCACGCCCUCUGCGGCUGCUGCAGCUGCUGCAGCUGCCGCCGCAGGCAGCAAGUCGCCGCAGUCGCCGCAGCAGUCUAAGAAGCAGCGCGGCCUCAACAACUUGAGUCGGGAGCGCAACGCGUUUCUCUUUGGAGACGGGGAUGAGGGCUCGGGGCUCGGGGAUCCGCUGGCGGCGAGCGGCAUCUUUGGGUUGGAGCCGAUGAGUAAAGUCAAGGGGAAGUGA